UUCCACUGACAUCGAGCAGGUACGGCAGUGAACGUCUGCAGUUGCCCGACAUCAAGGAGAGGUAGCCUCUCCCUUUUCUGACCUUCCCUUCAACUAAUUCCCUUCUUCGCUCUGACACAUCUGCUCUCUGCCCCUCUUAUUUGAUCAGCACCCUUUCUUUUCGUACCUGAUAUCCAUCCCACCGGUCAAGAUGGGCCUCUUUUCGCGCCGAACUCACACCCCAGCAGCAAACGGUCAUACCAACAACGGCCAUGCGCUUCGUCGUGAAAAACGAAACCGUCGGGCAGUUUUCGACAUUGACUCGGGCGACUUCAACCGCAGACCGAGCUUCGGGCAAUGGCUCAAGUUCACAUGGCUGGAUCUUUUGACCAUGGCUGCCAUGGGCGCCAUCGGCCUCGGAGUCUAUGAAGCCAAACCUGCUCCUAGCCGCUCAUUCCCAGUGACGUUUUCCGAUGGAGAGAUCGUCUAUCCCGAGUUCGCCUAUCCGCUACGCCAUGAAAUCGUCCCAAUCUGGCUCGCCGCCCUCCUUGCCUCGUUGAUCCCAAUCUUCAUCAUCCUGUGCAUGCAGAUUCGCAUUCGCUCUUUCUGGGAUGCCAACAAUGCAAUCAUCGGUCUCCUGUACUCUCUCAUUGGAGCGGCAGUAUUUCAAGUGUUUGUUAAAUGGCUGAUCGGCGGAUUGCGACCUCAUUUCUUAGCCGUCUGUGACCCAGACCCGGCAUUGAUGGCUGCGCACCCUGGCCGAGGGUUCCAGAAUAUCAUGUUCCAGAGAAAUAUUUGCCGGGGCGAUGUCGACCAGAUUGACGAUUCGCUCGAGUCCAUGCCAUCGGGCCACACCACCGCGGCGUUUGGUGGCUUCGUGUACCUCUACUUCUACCUCAACGCCAAGCUGAAAGUGUUCAGCAACCACCACCCAGCAUUCUGGAAACUCAUUGUAACUUAUGCUCCCCUGCUCGGUGCUUGCCUGAUUGGUGGCGCUCUUACCAUUGACGAAUAUCACAACUGGUAUGACGUCUUUGCUGGCGCUGUUAUCGGGUCUGUUUUCGCCAUCUCGAGCUACCGCAUGGUAUAUGCCUCAGUCUGGGACUUCAGAUUCAACCACAUCCCGUUGACCCGUCAUACUCCAUUCUCCUAUGGUGCAGGGGCAGCCGGUGCCGGAGGGUUUGAAACCGCAGUCUUCACCAGACAAGCUGGGUGGGGAUACGGAGAGCAUUAUGGCGGUGCGCCCUUCGACGCUGCUCAUGGUCUCCGAGGGCAGGCGGCUGGGUUUGACACGGGCGCAGUGCAUCAGGAUCGUUACCUUAAUAAGAGCGACGCAGAUGUGGAGCGCGACGCCGGUCUUCAUUCGACGGCUGGGCCCACGAACGGUUAUGGGGGUGCCACUUCAUCUGUCAGAGACCCUCCCGCUGCCCUGACCAACGGCACGAGUAGCCACGGCCGGAAGAGCCUGGAGCGCAAGCCUGUGCCCAAUUCAGCAUGAUUUAUGAACAAAUGGACGAAAGAUACACGAUGGAUGCGAGUUUGGAUGCAUUGCAAACGGUGAAUUGGAGUGCUCAUUGAGGCUUCUUAGUAGGGCCGCUUCAAGUAGCAUCUGCAGCAAGGAAACGAUAAAACUUGAGUACUACUCAGGCAUGUAAUAAUGUGAUAACAGGUAUUGAUGAG